CACAGUGUGUGAGAGGAGUCGGAGAAACUCACGUUUAUAUAUCCUGUUGCACUACCUUUUUUCCCGCGUGCCAUCGAGGUUCGAGGGUUGCGCCUGUGAGGGUGGCGGCGUUUGUUUGUUUGAGAAGAAUAUAGAGUUACUACUUUUGAAUGAUUUUGAUUAACGGUUCGCCGUGCUCGGCAUGAGGAGUGGGGAUGGACGGCUGUUUGCCCCGUCCUGGGGAGCGGUUGCUCCAGGCUGUUGAGGAACCUUCAAUACGUGAUUUGUGUACUUCCUGCGUGGGGUGUUUUGCUGCAAAGCGGCAGGAUGCUGCAAAUAAUGUUAUCCGCGUGUAAUGAGAUGUGCUUUUGAUUCACGUUUCAUGGGAAAGAAACAACAACAACAACAACGAAAAUAAAGGGUUUUCAACAUUAUUUUCCAUUGCUAAAAGCUUGUGUGGUACAAUUUUUCUUUCAGACUUCUUUCCCUGUCCGUUAUGUAUGGCAGCCAAGGGAUUGUACAGUAGACUGUACCUGCCAGCAUCCGUCGAACUCCGGUUGUCUGUGUGCGGUCACUUCAUGCUGCCAAUCGGGCGCAAAUGGGAAAGAUACCACCGGAGCCACCUUGCCGCAUUUGUGCUUUUGUGCACCGUCGGUGCUGUCUUUUGAAUUCAUGCUGCACCAUUUGCCUGCAGCCUCAGUCCGUGUUGUGGCGUGUGCGAGAGUCUGUGGUAUGCGGUGUUUUGCAUGGUGACAUUUUAUCUGUUUUUUUUGUUGUUGUUGUAGAAUGGAAUGCAAUAGAAUGGACAAUGUUUCGCGAGUGGAUUUUGCUCUUUCUGAGCUGAAGCUGCAGCGCUUAUUGUUGUGCGGCUGAUGCAACACACACACACACACUGCGCGGAACUGCAGCGCAAAGAUUUAUGGGCACCAGGCGGACGAUACAGCUGUGCUUAUGGUGCAUUCUUCUGGCGAGCAUUGGUGUGUCGUUAUCCCUCUUCCCGUUAUUGUUUUCAUUCGCAGUUGCUGAGUUUUUGCGAUGCCAUUUUUGCUUCUUGCUGCGUAGUUUUUGUACACGCUCUAACGCUAUCCAACGCACUUCCAACAGUCGCUAAAGAAGACGUUUACGGUCGGCCUACAUCUUGGAAAGUGCAUAGCAGGUCACGAUAAAUGGUCUAGACAACGUGAAAACAGUGAAAGUGUGACCGACGUGAAAGCGGCCAAGACGAAAUGUUGCCUCCACACACACACACAUACGCACACACCGUUCGAAGAUGUGAUAAUGUGAUAGGCAAACAAGAUGGCUCAACAAUUCUCAACCUCCCGGUGACUCGUGACUUUGGUCGCAGUUCGAUGCCGUUCUCACCGGUGUCUUUUGCUGGCACGCCAAUCGCAUCGUUUGUUUGUCUCGCACACUCGAUCGGGCGUAUAAUUGCUUUCUUCACUUGGCACCAGCGUGCGAGGGAAUACGCGCAGAAGUCGUUGCGGCUGUUCCGGCGGUGGUCAAUAUCAGUGCGACCGCAGAACGCGUCCGGUAAGGUCACAAAAGACCACAAGAGAACGGAUUUUUUUUUGCGGCUAAAGUAAAGAGAAUGAUUGUGAGGUGAAAGGAAGUGGAAUACGCAAACAACGAACCCAAAAGUGUUUGAACAGUGAUCGAUCCAUCUAUUUUUGCAAAAGAUUGGUUGUUGGAUGUGAUUAGUGGUAAAAAAUGGCUCAAUUGCACUCUUUUUAUGUGCUAGUGCUUGUAUUCCAUGCAUUGCUAGCCGGAGCGCAACAGUUUACCGUCCAGGAGGAAGGAUGCCCGAAAGCAACCCGCCCACAUAUGACACGCUGCGAUCAGUACUAUCGCUGCACUGUGCUGUCAAAGGAUGCCCACGUAUGGGUUGCGACCCAGUGCCAGAAGGGUCUCGUAUAUCUGCACAAGCUUGGCACGUGUGUCGUACCGGAUAACGAUUGGGAGUGUGAUCUAUCGGCGGAGAGUGAACGAAAUCACAGUGACGAGAAUGUGUACGGAAUAGAUAAUCUUAACGUUCCUGGACUAGCGUCAAACUCUGCCAACUCUGGCAGUGAGGAACAAUCGGAGGAAACUCAGACAUCCAGAACAUCGAAAGAAGAUCGCACCAAAUCGAAUGGAUCGUUCCAGAUGGAUCAGAAUGAUCUUGAAUCAAGCGGCGAUGGAAGUGGGGAACGUGAUGAAAUUCAAACGAUCACUCCACUCAUCACAACCACCACUGCCAGCACUAAAGCUUCAGGUCGUGUAACAACAUCAACAGAGAGGACAUCUGGAAGCUUGAACGCUUCACAGCUCGAUUCAUUUCUAGCAUACUACGACACGCAGAACGCGCUAAAGCUUAAUGCCAAACCGUCCCCACCGAAGAUGAAUGAGCAGAACUAUCUGGACCAACUGAAGCAGAUAGUGAGCCAGCAGAAGCAGCUCAAUGAAAUGGCGCGAAUUCCAAGCAACGAGCUCUACUUUUCAAACCAACCGGCUAUUCCAGUGCAAGAGCUUAUUAAAAAGAAGGAACCCGAAACGGAGGACACUUUAUCGAAACUAAAUCUCUCCCCGGGAAUGCAGGAGAUCAUCAAGAGCAUUUUGGACAUCUCGCAAAAAGCGAUUGCGAAUCAAAAGCAAGCCCCAGCUGCUCCAGUAGCAACUCCACAAGCAAAAGAACCAAUCGUGAAGCCGAUACUGAUACCGAUCUCGGUUAACCCCGUUCCUGUGCCGAAUGUGCCGCAAGCGCCAACAACUACAGAGCAACCGCUCAAAGCCAGCUUUCCGUCGAACUAUAAUCCAACCACGCUCGGGUCGAGUUCAUCUAAUUGGGAUCAUGGCGCAAUGCCACACAAUGCCUUAAGAACAAACGACACUAAUGAGCCACAGAUGUUUCACAGCUUCCCACCGCAGCAAGUACUUUACGAUGCCUACGGGAAUAGCUUCGUGCCAAAGGAUGCUUACCAGCCGGUGCGGGCAAGCUAUCCAUCUCCAACCUACCACUCGUAUCUUAAUCCAACGCCCCAGCAAUCAUCGAUGCUGAUAAAUGACUUUCCCGCGGGCUCAUAUUAUUCCACCAAUUCCCGACCCUCCUUAAGGAUUCCUCCUUCCCGGUUCAGUGAACCGCUGUCAUACCUGCACCGUUUAAGGCCAGCGUUCCAGCGCAUCAAUUCACCAGUUAGCGAUUAUGAUGAUAGCGUCGAUGACGGGUACGAUCGGCUCAAGACACCCGGGUCAAUUGAAUCGAUUGAAGCUGACGGUAACGAUGAUUUGGAAAAGGAUCUCCCACUUCCCGCCAACCGGCAGACGGACGGGGAGCAGGAUGACAGCUCGCAGGAAGAUGACGACCACCCGACCAGUGCCGAUACGACGUACAAGCGCAAGCUGUUCACGCUCGGCGACGCGACGUUCGAUUACGAGCAGUACAAGGACAGCAUGCUGCCGCUGGUCGAUGCCAACCCGAACGAUGAGCGUAUCUCGGUCGUGCUGUGCAUGGUCGGCAGCCGGCAGCCGAACAAUACCGACUGCUUCCGCUAUUACAUCUGCAACCCGCACAACGGUGCGUUCCAAUCGUACACCUGUCCACCGUUGACGGCAUUUAACAAGAACUCUCGCAUGUGUGAUUUAAGCUCGUACAAACCGUGCCAGAAGGCGAUGGCACCGCCGGCCCUGCACCGGCCACUGCUGCGAACGCACAAGCCGGUGUCGGCAGCCGGCAGCCGGCAGCAGGUCGACCAGAUCAAGCACGAGCUGCGGAAGGCACAGAAGUACGUGGAAAUGAUACGGCUCGAGGCGAACAGGUUGCGGCGCCGGAAUGGUGCAUCGUCACCGUCGUCAUCUUCGGGGGAGAAAGUUAUCUUACUGCCCUCGCCGGCUGACCACCGUGGUCCGACGGCGCCCUCGAAAGGGCAGCUGCGAAAGGAGUCGCCGGUUAAAAAGAAAGCGUCCACGGCAAAGCAGCCGGCGCGCAAGGUACCGCGCUGCCGGCUGGAGGGUCGUAUGCCGGACCCGAUGGACAAGAGCAACUACUACGUCUGCCACCGGAAGAGCCCGAACAAGUUCAUCAAGCUUAAGAUGGCUUGCCCGGCCGAUCUGCUGUACUGUGCCGAUACGCAGUACUGCACACUGCGCACCAACUGCUGAGGGAGAUGCAUUGGGGGGGUACACUGAAGGAGGGGGACAUUGCUUAUUCUACAUCGAUUAUUUAUUCAACACCCAGGGGUUAGACGAGCUGUCUGAGAUGUUAUGUACAUGUGUAAGCCGCUGCAAAAGCGUCCGUUAAAUACAUUGAAGAUAGGGAAAUGGUUGACUGAAUGCUUGCGCUUUAUGUAGUUUCUAGAUAUCACACCGUCUCUCUUUGUCCUGCCCAUGUGUCGUAGCGUGUUUGUGUUCGAGGGCGUGCCACAGUGAAAUAAAAAUGCUUGAAAGCAUUCUCCAACAAUGCUCAUCUCGUUUUUUGUGCAUUCCCACAGCUUUCAAUACAGCUUGGCCAGUUAUUUUUACUAUGCUGUGCUAUUUUUCUCUUUUCACUGCAAAAAUGUCAUAAACACACGCUAGCUACGGGGAAAGGUGGAAAGCGGCAGAAACAGUGCCCGACAAACCCUCGGAGCCGACAUACCAUUGUCAGCUAACGCGUGGUAACCGGUGGAAGUAACGACAACACAGUGGAAAACAAUCCACCGAACCGACACUGGGAUGCAGCGGGCUUGAUGGUGCUGCUGCUGCUGCUCUUCUCGGUGCAGAUUGCAAAUGCCACUCGUGCUCGCAGAGUGGAAGCUGGGAGUUCCUUGCUCCCUUACCUCGGUUCCAAGCCCACCGGUACGGUAUGAGUCGUUAUUUUAUAGGCCUUGCUGGCAUUCUAGUGGAAGCUGGACGGUGGCACAGUGAACACGCUGCGCGGCCCGAGGUAUAAAUAAAGCAUAUUUAAAAUUAAAUGUAUAUUCCCGGGACAGUGCGCAUUCAGCACCAGCUAGCAGGCAGGCGGGAGGAGGGCUACGAGCUGAAAA